AGGCAAGGUAGGUUGCGCAAUUCGUAAAGAUGUCGUUCCAUGAAUUUAAUCCAUUCACUGGUCGUUUAAAACAAUCCACGAAAGUACAACCUCUUUAUCCAGUAAAUCCUCGUCCACUGCAAAGCAUAGAAAUAGACAUAAUGUAUGACUCAAUUAAAACUAAACCAGUGAAGACCACUGCACCUGGCACAGCUGGUUACUCCACAUUGGAUCCAAAAUUGGCUAAACUUUACAGAAAGUACCAGGCUAAUUUGGAAACCUACUCCUAUACCUUGGGAGGUAGGAAAGACAGGAUUCUGGUGGCUGCCACUGUUCUUCUAACUGUAACUGGUUUCGCUGCAAACGUGUAUAACUUAAUAAAAUUACAAUCUAAAUAAAAAUCUGAAAUGUGAUUUAAGCAUAGAUACAUCUAGGGCAAUUUCUAUAGAUGAUAUAUUGUAAUAUCACUGGUCGUUUAUCGACAAUAAAACUGUAAAAACUA